AUGGAAACGGUGUGGAGGACCUUGGUCUGCAUUGGCAUCGUUGUCAUGGCGGCUACCGAAGUCGCAGGAAGUCGAACUGCUGAGGAGUCGCAGGCUGCGUUCCUCUCCAGCCUGGACCAGUAUGAGAUUGCCAUCCCAGUGCGUGUGGGGCGGCGGGGUGAGGCUCUGACCGUUGAGGGAAGCCCUCAACCGCACGACCGCCACCGCCGUAGCGCGGAGACGCAACAGGCCGAUCCGCAGCUGUACUACCAUCUCUCCACACCAAGCACCAGCCUCCUGCUCAACCUGACCCUCCAGGGGGGGCUGCUCUCACGCCAGUUCCGUGUGGAGUACUGGAGAAGGGGGCGUCUGGCCUGGAGCCGUCCCUAUGCCCCUAAUUGCCACUAUGUGGGUCACCUACAGAAUCAACCGCACUCUACCGCAGUCGCCCUCACCAACUGCAAUGGCCUGCAGGGGGUGAUUGUUGCUGGUGGAGAGGAGUACCUCAUUGAGCCACUUGCCUCAGCUGAAAACCACACAAACAUCGACGGGAGGGAGGGACGCCCCCAUGUGGUCUAUAAAAGGUCGUCCCUGCGACACCAGUAUAUGGACCAGUCCUGUGGAGUCAUUGAUGAGAAACCAAGUAAGAGCUUCAGUUGGUGGCAAAGGACAAUGAAGGCCUCCCCUAACCAGAUGGGACGCGGUCAGCUGCCACUCAAACGGUCGGUGAGCAGGGAGCGUUACGUGGAGACAUUGGUAGUGGCCGAUAAGAUGAUGGUGGGAUACCACGGACGGAGAGACAUCGAGCAGUACAUUCUAGCUGUCAUGAAUAUUGUUGCCAAACUGUUCCAGGACUCUAGUCUGGGGAAUGCAGUCAACAUCGUGGUGACUCGCCUCAUCCUGCUGAUGGAGGACCAGCCAACUCUGGAGAUCAACCACCAUGCAGGGAAAUCUUUAGACAGCUUCUGCAAGUGGCAGAAAUCCAUCCAGAACCGGAACGGGCACGGCAACGCGAUCCCCGACAACGGCAUCGCCCAUCAUGACACAGCCGUACUCAUCACCAGGUACGACAUCUGCAUCUACAAAAAUAAACCGUGCGGAACCUUAGGCCUGGCUCCUGUUGGGGGGAUGUGUGAGCCAGAGAGAAGCUGCAGCAUAAACGAAGACAUCGGCCUGGCCACAGCGUUCACCAUCGCUCACGAGAUCGGACACACAUUUGGGAUGAACCACGAUGGUGUGGGAAAUGCAUGCGGUGCUCGUAGCCAGGAGACAGCCAAGCUAAUGGCUGCUCACAUCACCAUGAAGACCAAUCCUUUUGUGUGGUCCGCCUGCAGCCGCGAUUACAUCACCAACUUCCUCGAUUCAGGCAUGGGCUCCUGCCUCAACAAUGUUCCACCCAAACAGGAGUUUGUGUACCCCUCCACGGCCCCAGGCCAGGCCUAUGACGCAGACGAACAAUGCCGCUUCCAGUACGGAGUAAAAUCUCGCCAGUGUAAAUACGGGGAAGUAUGCAGCGAGUUGUGGUGUAUGAGCAAAAGUAACCGUUGCAUCACCAGUAGCAUCCCGGCAGCAGAGGGAACCAUCUGCCAAACCAACACCAUAGAGAAAGGUUGGUGCUAUAAAAGAGUGUGUGUGGCCUAUGGAACAAGGCCAGAGGGUGUAGAUGGUGGGUGGGGCCUUUGGUCGCCGUGGGAGGAGUGCAGUCGUACGUGUGGGGGCGGAGUCUCCUCCUCCAUUCGGCACUGUGACAGCCCCAGGCCAACCAUCGGUGGAAAGUAUUGUCUCGGAGAGAGGAAACGCUUCAGAUCUUGUAAUAUUGAUGAGUGCCCAGCCGGAUCGCAGGAUUUCCGAGCCAUUCAGUGCUCCCAAUUCGACAGCGUUCCUUUCCGCGGGAAAUUCUACACCUGGAAGCCUUACAGAGGAGGUGGGGUGAAAUCCUGUUCACUGAACUGCUUGGCUGAGGGAUAUAACUUUUACACCGAGCGCGCCCCGGCUGUGGUGGACGGCACGCCGUGUCGUGACGAUUCUCUGGACGUCUGCGUUAACGGAGAGUGCAAGCACGUGGGCUGCGAUCGAAUCCUGGGCUCCGACGUGCGUGAGGACCGCUGCAGGGUGUGCGGGGGAGACGGCAGCAGCUGCGAGGCCAUCGAGGGCGUUUUCAACGACUCUCUUCCUGAAGGAGGUUAUGAGGAAGUGGUGAGAAUUCCCAAAGGAUCAGUGUUCAUACAUAUCCAGGAGCUCAACGUCUCCCUCAAUUACUUGGUGCUGAAGAGUAAAGGGGACCAGUACUUUAUUAACGGUAAACUGACCAUCGACACCCCCCGUCGCUUUGACAUCGCUGGGACCACUUUUCAUUACCGGCGGCCCGCUGACGGACCAGAGACCCUGGAGGCCCUGGGACCCACCAACAUGUCGCUUAUCGUCAUGGUGUUGGUGAGAGAGGAGAAUCCAGGGAUUCAUUACCGGUUCAAUCCACCAGUGAGUCGGGACCCGCUCAGCGGAUACGCGUGGCACUACACCUCCUGGUCCCGCUGCUCUGCUCUCUGUGCAGGGGGCGUACAGAUCCAGCAGGUCGUGUGUAAGAAACAGGCCGAUCACUCGGUGGUUUACAAUCAUUUCUGUGACAAGAAAAGCAAACCCAAAGACAAGAAACGGGCCUGCAACUCAGAACCCUGCUCUCCCACAUGGUGGGUGGGGGACUGGUCAGAGUGUAGCCGGAGCUGUAACGGAGGAGUGAGAACGCGGGAUGUGCUCUGCAAAAGGAAGAUAUCCGGAACGGAGGAGAAAGUCCUGGACGACCAAGCCUGUACCCCCCCACGACCCCCCCUCACCGAACCCUGCAACAACCACACGUGCCCUCCGGAGUGGCUUGCCCUGGACUGGUCUGAGUGCACGCCCAGCUGUGGUCCCGGUUACAGGCAUCGGGUCGUCUUGUGCAAAAGCGGGGAGAGCGGAGACACGCUGCCGGAGUCGGAGUGCCCGAAACAAGGGCGUCCCACCACUAGGGUGCGCUGUAACCUGCAGCGCUGCCCACCGCCGCAUUGGAUCACUGGACCGUGGGGUGAGUGCUCAGCUCAGUGCGGCCUUGGCCAGCAGAUGCGUUCUGUGCAGUGUCUGUCACACACUGGCCAGCUGUCCAAUGAGUGUCCAGAGCUGCUGAGGCCCUCAGCGAUGCAACAGUGCACCAGCACCUGUGACCUCAACCCUACAGACAACCCCGAGGAAUGCAAAGAUGUGAACACGGUGGCAUACUGCCCCCUGGUGCUCAGGUUCAAGUUCUGCAGCCGCCCAUACUUCAGACAGAUGUGCUGCAAAACCUGCCAAGGACACUGA